CCAUUCUGGUCCUGAUUAUGAAUAAUCAUGAAUUUUCUUUUAGCCACCCUCUUAUAAUCUUCUCAGUGUUCAAUACCAUUAUUGUUGCUUCAAUAGUCGGAAGUCGUAAGUCGCCUGUGCAUGUAACCGAGGGAGACUUGCCAUUUUUUUCCUACUGGUUUGAAGUUGAAGGUGCUUAUGAAUCAAUCAUUAAGGUAAACCACAAGGAAGAAGAAAAAGAAGUUUUAUACUCCAUAACGCUGGUCUGGCGGCCGGUACUUGCCAUUUUAGUUGUUAGUAUUGCUGCCAUUCUGGUCCUGAUUCUGAAUAAUCAUGGAUUCUCUUUCAGCCACCCUCUUAUAAUCUUCUCAGUGUUCAACACCAUUAUUGUUGCUUCAAUAGUCGGAAGCGAUAAGUCGCCUGUGCAUGAAACUGAGAGAGAUAUGCCCUUUUUUUCCAACUUGCAUGAAGUAGAAGGUGCUUAUGAUCCAAUCAUCGAGGAAAACCACAAGGAAGAAGAAGAAGCAGAAGAAGAAAAAGAAGAAGAAGAAGCUGAAGUUUGUAUUUCUAAUGGUUAUCAUAAAGAUGACCACGAUAAUGGCGGUGAUGAUGAUGGAGACGGAUAUGAUGAGAAUCUAGAGAGAAAGGUAGAAGCCUUCAUUAAUAAAGUCACUGAGGAAUGGCGGAAAGAGAAGUCGAUGGAGAAUGAAGAAAGGGCCUAAAAAAUUGGCUAUGAAGCAUAAACUUUUACCAUCUCUGAUAAAUUGGUCCUAAAUACACCCAACCCCAACUUUCUAUGUCUUCUUCUUCUGCUUUUUAUUCUUUAUUUUUAUUUUUAUAUGCGAAUCCCAACUGUUUUUCUUGUAGGGGCUAUCUUCAGUUUAUUGAUGGGAACAAUAUGAACUAUCAAUAUUUAAAAGUGUAUUAUGUUUAUCUUGCAAUAAAAAUAGUAUAAAAAG